CAAAUCGACUAGCAUCUCCUCCAUUUUCUUCUCCUGGGGGAAACACAUAUACCACAAUAAAGAUGCAGAAAUCAAUGGAAAAUACCGUCUUUGUCCGCUUUGAGCCGACUCCGCAGCACAAGGUGAUGCGCCAUGAGCUCGAGGAUAUUUUCUCUCAGGCGGGUCCGAUCAAAAAGUCCUCUUGGAUCAACACAAAAGGUGCAACCGCUCCUUCUGGAGAUGGCGAAAACUAUCAGAGAGGAACUACCGGUCGUUCGUCAAAGGGAUAUGGGUUCAUCAAGUACCUCGCCCAGGAAGAUGCGGUAGCGGCUCAGAAAGAUCUGAAUAAUUCGAAGAUUCAAAUGGAGGGGAAAACAUAUACGCUCAAGGUGGAUUUGGCUUCUGCGUCGGGCGCCGCAAACAGCAAAAAUUUCAAGGCAAACAUUCGUGGAGAAAAGAGGAAAGAGGAUACGGGUGCUCCUGCUUCACAGGAAGGACUGGACGAGGCAGCAAUGCUGAAAAAGAAAUCCAGAAUCAUUCUCCGCAACCUGUCCUUUUACGCCAAGGAGAACCAUAUUCGAAAAGUCAUGGAGUCCAAGUACGGAAAGGUUUUGGACGUCCACCUGCCAAAGGUCAAAAGCAAUUUGCACGUUGGCUUUUGCUUCGUUACCUUCGAAAAUCCAAAAGACGCUCAAAAAGCCGUCGAGAGCAAAAAUGUMGACAUUCAGAAGCGCGCCGUCAGCAUGGAUUGGAGUCUCCCUAAAAAGCUUCAUCAGCAGCAAAAGCAGCAGCAGCAACAAGAGAGAGAACUGAAUCGAAGGAAGGAAAAAGAACUGGCGGACAAGAAGGAGGAGGAAGAGGAUGACGCCGAGAGCGUGACGUCGAACAGCAGCGACGAUGACGAUGGUAGCGACAGCGAUAGCAGUAACGAUGAUAGCGACAGCGACGGAUCAGCGUCAAACGAGCAAAAUAGCGAUGCUAUGGAAGAAGAUAGCGACGAAGAUGAAGAUAGCGAAGAAGAGGAGGAAGAACCCGUGGACGACUCUGUUGGGAAAAAAUGCUGCUUGUUUCUGAGAAAUCUUCCGUUUGAUACAACGAGGCACGACAUCUUUCAACUACUAUACAAAUUUGGCCAUAUAAAAGGCAUUUAUCUCGUAAAGGACAAAAAUACUGGGAUGCUUAAGGGUACCGCCUUUGUCACUUAUUCGAAGCCACAAGGGGCACAACGAGCUAUGGACUUCGCAGCGUCUUCGUCCACUGGAACCCCUUUUGUAUCGCAACGGCAGAGUGCCGGAAGAUCGAAUGAAGGCGGUGACGAUGCAUCGCAGAUUAAGGGAUCCUUGAUAUUGAAGGGGCGAAAAAUUCUAGUCGAUAUGGCAGUGGAUAAAGAAACGGCUGCGACUUUCGAUUCCAAGGAAUACAAAAUUCCGCAGGCUGAUCGAAGAAAUAUGUAUUUGCAAGCCGAGGCACGGGUAGAAAGUAGUUCCAGUGRUCCAAAUGCUAACAACACGGAUACAUGGGACGAUCUACCACAGCAAGAUCAAAGAAAGCGUCAAACGGCUCUCAAGGAUAAGACUGCCAAAUUGCAGUCGCCAAUCUUUUUCAUCAAUCCAAACCGACUAUCCUUCAGGAAUAUGGGGAAACACAUUGACGAAGCCGGCUUGCAAAAACUUAUUGAGCUUGCUACCAAGAGAGGGCUGGAGAAACGAUUGGUUGCUGCCGCCGACCAAAUAGCUCACUGGAGGGCUCAGGGUGAAAUGUCCACGCGAGAGAUCCUUGCCAAGGUCCAAGAGAUCGAGGGCAAAGACCUAGAUGUCAUCCCCCCCUGGAGUUACGAUGGCGACCACGAAAUGAAGGACGAGGACGACGGCAAGAAAAAGCGUCGCAAGAACAUCAAAGAUUUCAUUCCAUCCGUUUACAUCGAUCGAGAUUUUGGACCCAGCGGGAAAAAAACAGAUGCUCCGAGUCGUGGGUUUGGGUUCGCCGAAUUCACACACCACACGCACGCUCUGGCCUGUUUAAGAGAGUUGAACAACAAUUCCACUUACAGCAAAGAGUAUGCCGCUGGUGGAAAGUCGGCGGCUGCCCUGAAGAAAAAGCCCAACCGAAAGAACAAGAAAGGAACCAACGUCAAGCCUGGAGAUUAUCAGGACGAAGACGGUCGUGUUCGCGUUCCCCGACUGAUCGUUGAUUUCGUCGUCGAAAACAAGGUCAAAGCCAAGAAACAAGCCGAGCGACGGUUGCAGCAGCAAUUGAAUCAAUCAAAACAACUGCUAGAGAAAUUAGAAAAGAAAAAGGCGAAAAAAGAACUUGAGGACGAAGAAGAAAACAAAACCAAGAGGAAGGGACGUGGGGCGAUCCAACGAGAGAAGAAGAGACAGAAGCGAGAAUCUGGCGAGGAAGAACGGGAGCGCAUGCUGAAGCUGCAAAAGAAGGCGAUGUACGAAGCCAAGAAGGAACUUCGAAAGGAGCGGGCAGAGGAAAAGAAGAAAAAGGCCGAAGAACUGAAACGAAAGUCUGUAAAACCACCAAAGAAGAAAAAGAGUCAGCUCAAGAAGAUCGAGGACGACGAAGAAUUCGAGAGCAUUGUUCGUUCGUACCAAUCAAAAUUAGAAUCCGCGAAGGAUCAGAAGGCCCCCAAGGCGAAUCCGCGAGAAGCCGUCAAGUCAAAACGAUGGUUCGAGUAAUCAUAUUAUGCAGGGUUAUUAUCUUUUUAAGUU